GGUCUGUGACUGAAAAAUAAUACUAGUCCCAUCGUCGCAAUCUGCAGUGGGAUGCUGGGGAAUAUGUAGGUAAUGUUUUAAAAGUAUCGUGUCAAACGUGUAGCUGCUAUGUUCGUAUUGCAAUAAAACAUAGCUCUCAAAGUGAAACAGCUGGAUUUGAAGCUUUUAUUCCCAGCCAAUCGAACACAUGGUUACGCCAGCGCCAUCCAAUAGAAACUGGACGUACAAGUUGUGUGGGAGGGUAUGUUUACUCAGCUGAGCGUUCAUUGGCUAGAAAUGACACGCCACUGGCCAAUGAUGGAGCCGAGAAGCUGAGUUUUGAAAGCAAGCCGUUAGUUCUUCCUACGCGCCUAAACGUCAGUUUUGUUGUAUGCAGUUGGAGCCCGUGUAUACACAGGAAUCGCAACGUUGUGACUAUGGAAGCGCCGACUUUAUCCCAACUGGAGGGUCUGAGGUACUCGGAACUGCAAAAGCUGGCAAAGACAGCGGGACUCAAAGCUAACCUCAAGGCUGAUAAACUGCUCAAGGUUUUAAAAGCACAUUUCUACCCAGAGAGCAAAAAUGAGACUCUGGAUUCAGAUGGAAGCUCUUCACUAACUGAUACUGAUGAACUGAACAGCAGCCAAGAGAAGGAAGAGCCAGUCUCUGUAUCCUUUGUUACUCACAGACGAGGCAGGGGCCGGAAACCAAUACGAAACCAGGACAUCCCAAAAGAUGAAUUCCUCACUGUCAGUGCUGGGGUUGGCACAGAGAAUAUGGCUUCAUCCAUAGACCGCACCCAGCAACAGAACUGUACGGAGUCAAAGAAAGAAGAGACAACCUCCCCCAUUAUAGACAAUAAACAUAGAAAAAGAAGCCGAUCUGAAGACAUAAGCAAGCAGAACAACUUGGAGUCUACUGGGAAGACUGAGAAGCGGCAAAAGAAAGCCAGCAAUGUUACUAGUGUAGCUUCAACUGGAAAGAUUCCAAGACUUGCUGGUCGUCUGUCUAAGCCUGGAUCAAAACCUUCCACUCCAAAUUUUAAAAAGUUACACGAGGCUCACUUCAAGAAAAUGGAAUCUAUAGACAAGUACAUGGAGAGGAAGCAGAAGCGCCUUGAUGCAGUUAGCAGCUCUAUCCAGGAAGUAAAGAUGUUAACAAAAAAAUCCAACCUUCUCAAGUCAGUGGAGAAAACACCUGUCAGCGAUAUAAAGAAGCCAGUAAAGAGCAGGCUUUCAUUGCUGAGCCCCUUACCUCGGACCACUGGUGCAUCUCCUUCUCGCACACCCUUGAGCCAGAGACGUUCAUGCCGCUCUAGCACUGCCAGUAAGAGCAUCCUGGUUGAUAGAUCUGGGUUCAAGCCUUCGGUUUUUUCGUCAUCCAAAAUGAACGUUAGGUUUUCAGAAGCUACAAAAGAUAAUGAACAUAAGCGCUCUCUUAUCAAGACGCCUGCCAGGAAGUCCUCUAGCUUUCUGGCUGUCACUCCUGAGAGUGAACCAAGACGAAUUUUGCCCUCCGUAAGAAAGACUGAAUUGCUGCCUGCUCCAGAAAAAGCUGAUAAGCCAGAUGUUAACAUCACUCUUAACACCACAACCCAACCAUCUCCAGCUACCGGAAUGAGCGCCUGUAAAGCUAUCACACCUUUCAAGUUUACGGCUCAAAAUACAGAGACUCCAAACACAAAGAAAAAGGGUAAAUUUGAUCUGCAGGCAAGUCUGUCCCGGCAGCUUGGAUACCAGCCCCACAAAGGAAAACUUAAACCUUGGGGAGAGUCUAAAGAAAAUAAACCUGAUCCCAACAGCAAUGUAUCUGUUUUGAAGAAUAACUACAAGCAACCCCAUCUCCAGACCAGAGAGGACAGACGAAACCAGCAUGUACAGAAUAGAAAGAACAAGAGGGACCAGGCACUGGGAACAAGGAGAGGAGUCCCUGUAAAGUAGAAAAAAACCCAACACAUUUUAAUGCAUCUUGUAAAUAUUCUGCCUUCUUUGCCAUUUCAUUUUUAACGAGUUUUGUACAUAUUUUCGUACUACUUUAAUUGUAAUACGUAAUACUUGCGAAUAGUUCUAAAUCUGUGUCAUUUCUGAGCUUGGCUUCUGCAUAGUUUUGUAAUGGACAAGUGAGGGAAGGUUUUUUUUUUUUUUUUUUGCUUUCUUGUUUUAAAGAUAUUGCGAAAAGCUCUAAAAUAUAUGCUCCAUUUUAGCUGUUAUGGAAACCAGACUUGGCCUCGAGCAUUUCUAGCUGAUCCCGAUGUGUUUCAGAUAUAGUAGCAAGUUAAAAAGUUAUGUAGAGUGCAGUGUUUUAGCAUAAUAUGCUUAUUAUAUGGGUAAAAGGAACAGGUGCCAAAUCAUGUUGCGGUUUUAUUGUAUCGUAUACACCACAACAUUGACAGCAGUGGGAGAAAUCCAGAAUCCUGCUUUUUUUGAGCGGAAAUAUUUUCACUUAACGACUCUUGUCACAUGGGGUGCUUUGCGCACAGUGAACAAUAACCCGAAAGCUCCAGCACUGACUUAGCAGCAGUCCCUUGCAAGCGCUUGUUAAGCAAUUUCUGCCUAUAGCCCAACAAAUGUACUACAUUCUUUUGAAGCCGAUUUAUUCUUGAGCUGAUGUUAUAUUACAUCUCCCAGAAUGCUUUACCUCUGUAUUAUGUUAGAGCAAUGCUGGUAGUGAAAGAGCAUCUCAGGAUCUAUGGGUAAGCAAUGAUGAUUUGGACAACAAAACCUGCAAUAUGUAUUUGUGUUGCUUUGUCUCAUGUAUCUGUAUUAAGAGCUGUUAAUGUUCCAUUUCAUUACAGUGAACACUAGAUCUGUUUCUUAUAUUGUAAACAACUUCCUUUGUAGUUCUACUUUAACAUUAAAACUUUUUAACUAUUAA